ACAAGAGUCUCCUAUCCUUUGUCACCGGAUUCGCUAAAGAACUUCCCUAUAUAUACUCAUUCACUUCUUUCCCAUGUCAACAAAAAGAAACACAAACAUCACAUAUUAUACAUAUAAACACAUAAAAACACAUAUAUAAGAUGUCUUGUAAUAAGAGAUCAUUAUUAUUCGGCAAAAAAGUCGUAGUUAUACUUGUAUUCCUCUUAUGUUUGGUUCACUCAUCAGAAUCACUUCGACCAUUGUUUGCAUGCAACCCAGCAAACGGGUUAACCCGGACGCUCCGGUUCUGUCGGGUCAAUGUACCGAUCCACGUGAGGGUUCAAGACUUAAUCGGACGUCUCACGUUGCAGGAGAAGAUCCGCCUCCUCGUCAACAAUGCCGCUGCUGUGCCACGCCUUGGUAUUGGAGGCUAUGAGUGGUGGUCCGAGGCUCUUCAUGGCGUCUCCGACGUCGGUCCCGGAGCUAAGUUUGGUGGUGCUUUCCCCGGUGCUACCAGCUUCCCUCAGGUCAUCACCACAGCAGCUUCUUUCAACCAGUCUCUAUGGGAAGAGAUCGGACGGGUUGUGUCUGAUGAGGCAAGAGCUAUGUACAAUGGAGGCGUAGCCGGUUUGACGUAUUGGAGCCCAAAUGUAAAUAUACUGAGGGAUCCACGGUGGGGCCGAGGCCAGGAAACUCCCGGAGAGGAUCCUGUCGUCGCCGGAAAAUACGCAGCCAGCUACGUCAGGGGACUUCAGGGUAACGGCGCCGGUAACCGCCUCAAAGUUGCCGCAUGUUGCAAACAUUACACUGCUUAUGAUCUUGAUAACUGGAAUGGCGUCGACCGUUUCCACUUCAACGCCAAGGUCAGCAAACAAGAUUUAGAGGAUACAUACAAUGUGCCAUUUAAAUCUUGUGUUUACGAGGGAAAGGUCGCGAGUGUCAUGUGCUCAUACAACCAAGUCAAUGGAAAGCCAACUUGUGCUGAUGAAAAUCUAUUAAAGAACACCAUUCGUGGUCAAUGGCGUCUCAACGGGUACAUUGUAUCAGAUUGUGAUUCUGUCGAUGUUUUCUUCAACCAGCAACACUAUACCACAACUCCGGAGGAAGCAGCUGCUGCUUCCAUCAAAGCUGGUUUGGAUUUGGACUGCGGGCCGUUUUUGGCAAUUUUCACUGAAGGAGCUGUGAAGAAAGGAUUGUUGACGGAGAAUGAUGUCAAUUUAGCGCUUGCUAAUACUAUAACGGUUCAGAUGAGGCUUGGUAUGUUUGAUGGUAAUCUUGGACCUUAUGCUAAUCUUGGACCUAGAGAUGUUUGUACUCUAGCCCAUAGACAUUUAGCCCUUCAAGCGGCCCAUCAAGGAAUUGUGCUUCUCAAAAACUCUGGUCGUUCUCUUCCACUCUCCCCUAGGCGUCACCGCACCAUUGCCGUGAUUGGACCCAACUCCGACGUCACUGAGACCAUGAUCGGAAACUAUGCAGGGAAAGCUUGUACCUAUACGACACCGUUACAAGGAAUCGCAAGAUAUGCCAGAACACUUCACCAAGAUGGUUGUGCAGGCGUUGCUUGCCGAGGGAACCAAGGAUUUGGUGCGGCAGAGGCGGCUGCACGUGAAGCAGAUGCGACGGUACUUGUGAUGGGAUUGGACCAGUCGAUAGAGGCCGAGACACGAGAUCGAACCGGGUUGCUGUUACCAGGUUACCAACAAGAGCUUGUUACACGAGUAGCUCAAGCUUCUAAAGGUCCAGUCAUUCUUGUGCUUAUGAGUGGUGGCCCCAUCGAUGUUACCUUUGCUAAGAACAAUCCACGUGUUGCUGCCAUCAUCUGGGCCGGGUAUCCGGGUCAAGCUGGUGGAGCUGCUAUCGCCAAUAUAAUCUUUGGUGCUGUUAACCCUGGAGGAAAACUACCUAUGACAUGGUAUCCACAAGAUUACGUAGCAAAAGUGCCAAUGACGAUAAUGGCUAUGAGAGCAUAUGGAAAUUACCCAGGAAGGACCUACAGAUUCUACAAAGGUCCAGUGGUGUUUCCAUUUGGUUUCGGUUUAAGUUACACUACCUUCACUCACAGUUUGGCCCAAAGUCCAUUAGCCCAACUAUCAGUUUCAUCCAAAAAAUUCAACUCUGCCAUUUUCAACUCGUCAUCUGAUUCCAUCAAAGUGUCUCAUGCCAACUGUGGAACGUUUCCAAAAAUGUCUCUCCAUGUUGAAGUAUCAAACACAGGUGAAUUCGAUGGAACCCACACGGUGUUCGUCUUUGCCGAGCCGCCGAAAAACAGGAUAAAAGGAUUGGAUGUGAACAAACAAUUGAUAGCGUUUGAGAAGGUUCAUGUCACGGCAGGGGCAAAACGAACUGUUCAAGUUGAUGUUGAUGCUUGCAAGCAUCUUGGUGUAGUAGAUGAGUAUGGAAGGAGGAGGAUCCCAAUGGGUGAACAUAAACUGCAUAUCGGUGAUCUUUUUUUUUUUUUGUCACGAAAUAACUUCUUCCAUUCAUUUAAUUAAACCGGUGGGGGAAUAAACUCACCAACCACCUCUUGUUCAAACACAUUUAAAGCGUUCUUCGCUAAUACAUCCGCCUCAGCGUUUUUUAAACGGGAAAUCCAAAUAAACACAGCGAUCUCAAAGUCUUUCGCCAUUGAUAAGAUAUCCUCCACUAUGCCAUAGAGAUCCAGUGACGGCCUUUUUCCAUUGAUCGCUUUAAUCAACUGCGCAUAUCGGUGAUCUUAAACAUAUUAUUUUGGUUCAACCGCAACUUUAAAAGAGGCAUACAAAAAAGAAGCAAAAAAUAAGGAAACCCUUUUAACGAAGUGGAGUGUUUCCUCUUAUUUAUAUGUUACAUUAUAUAUAGAGAGAUAGGUUAUUCUCUUGAGAAAUUACUCAAGAAAUGGUUGAAUCCACAGAGAAGCACCAAAGGGUCGCUUCUUGGAUUUGUGUGUUUUAUUUCUUCUACUUUUUUCGUCAUCAAUUGUCAAUGUUACUGUAACUUGUGGCUCCCAAAAUAAGAAAGAUAUAGGGGCCCUUGUAAAGAGUUGAAACUAAGAAAAAAAUGAAGACACAUGAUAAUUUGAUAUA